AUGGCAAGCAAGGCAAGUCAACAUCGUGAAUACAUCCGUAAAGCCGUAACCGCGAUGCAGAACAUACGAACAUUUAUUGAGAAUGAAUACUGGGCAAUCGGUGAACAGCGAACAGAAUUGGACACGCUUCGGAGAGAGAUGGAUUUCGCCAAAGCAGAGCUGAAGGCUGCAAAGGACGAACAGCUGGUGGCUGUUAAGAACCAACUCUACAAUAUGGCCGUAUCAGCCUUUGAAGAGAAACUUAAGAAGGUAACAGCACUGGUGGACGAGCUGCCAAAACACAAAGCCGCACACUUCGCCGAUUUAGAAGAAUGGGUCAGCUGCACAAGAAAGUACCACGAUCAAAUGGCUAAACUGAACCGAGACGCCCUAAAGAGCUAA